AUGAUUUUGCCCCUUUCUUCUAGGAUUUUGACAAGAAAAGUGGAAGCCUUGAAUAAAGGGAGCCCUUUGACCAUCUAUCAGGAGGCUGCUUGUGGGCUUAUCUCUGGAACAUUUCGUGCUUAUAUUUGUUAUCCUCUGAUAGAAGGACAUGUUGCUGCUGCCAUUGCUCAAGCAGUAAACCUUAAAUAUAAUCGCUUCGGACAUAUUUUCAGUACAAUCACACAGGUGGUAAGAAAUGAAGGGCUUUUAGCAUUAUGGAAAGGAGCCUCGCGUGUUAAUCUAGUAUCACUAGCAUCAUGCACGGGAAUGCUAGUAUCAUAUGAUCGGACUCGGAUUUAUUUGAAAGAAAGAUAUGGUCUAAGGGAAAAUGCUGCACGUUUAGGUGCAGGAAUAUUCUCAGGGAUGUGUUCUGGCGCCUGCACUAUAUCAGUUGGUUAUGCAGCUGGAAUUAUUGGCUUUAUUCGAGCCAAAAGAAUUAAAUCCCCACAUAGUUUUCUAUUCUAUGCCUUAAAAGUUCUUAAGCCAGGUGGAGGCUCUAAUUUCUACUCACGUCUCGGAAACCAAUCUGUUCGUAAUGCUCCUGGUGCUAUGACCGUGUGGGUGUUUCUGGAAGCCAUCCGUGACGCAGAGGAGUCCAUUGGGUUGUAGCACACCAACUGGAAACUCAGUUUCACAGGAAAAUAGUGAAAUGUAGAGGUCAAAAACUAGCCUAGGAAGUUGCUGUAAUCAAAGGAAACGCAGGCAAUGUAAUGCCAUCUACUGGUUUAUAUUUAUUUGAGACUAACUAAUUUAGAAGCUCAGUUACUUA